UGUAAACUUCCGGCACAUGAUUUUGCAAGGACAUUAGAAUGCAUCGUCUGCUAUAUUUCUAAAAUUUGUUAAAUUUGAGUCCUUUUUAUCCCAUUUUAAGAUAAUGUCAGUCUGCUGUGAUGUUUCGAAGACAUAUGUGUUCAAAUUUGCUGUGCUUAAAACGACAUUUUUCUUCGGCAACUGAUGUUGUCAAGUUGUCUUACACAGAAUAUGGUAAAGGAAAUUCCAGUAAAAAACCUCUGAUAGUGCUUCAUGGUCUGUUUGGAAGUAAAUCCAACUGGCAUUCAUUGGCCAAGAAAUUGGCUUUGGAUGGUCGAAAAGUGAUCGCAGUGGAUUCUAGAAACCAUGGAGAAAGUGAACAUAGUUCUGUCAUGAAUUAUGAUGUCAUGGCAACAGACAUGGAAACAUUAUUAGAUAAUUUAAACUUAUCUAAAGUGGUGCUACUUGGUCACAGUAUGGGAGGAAAGGUUGUCAUGACUACAGCUUUAAAACAUCCAGAGAGAGUUGAGGGUUUAAUUGUGGUUGAUGUUUCACCAACAUUAAGUUCAAGUAUGGGAUUAGAAAAUUAUGCCAAGAAAAUGCGUGAUAUAAGAAUUAAUCAAGGAUCAACAUUAUCUGAAGCUAGAAAAGAUGUCGACUGUCAACUAAAGUCCGUGGUUCAGUCUCCAGGUGUUCGUCAGUUUUUAUUAACUAAUUUAAUAGAAGAAGAAGGUUACUAUAAAUGGAGGUUAAAUUUAGAUGCUAUUAUUGGUAAUUUUCAACAAAUUUUAGAAUUCCCUGAGUAUAACAAUACAUUUGACAGAUCUACAUUAUUUAUAGGUGGAGCUAAGUCAGAAUUUAUCAGAGGGGAGACAACUCCAGAAAUACACCGUUUGUUCCCAAAAUAUUCAAUUGAAAUGGUUCAAGAUGCUGGUCACUGGGUUCAUUCAGAAAAACCUCGAGAAUUUUUAGAAAUAGUUAAAACAUUUUUAAUGGAAAAGAAUUUAUGAUGAAGAGCGAUAUGUAAAUUUUUACUAGGUUUGAUUAAUUUAUGAUUUUCAUUUUUAAAAAAUUAAAUAAGAUUUUAUUAUU